AAUUGUUAACUAUCCCUUUUUCUACAAAAUAUAAUUUUAUUGAAACUUUUAAUCAUAAUGCAUUUUUUGUGACCUAAUCAUUGUUGAACCAAUUUUAUUUUUAUUUUAUUAUCUUAUAAAGUUGUAUGUGAACAGUUUUAUUCAAUAUUAAUAUAGAGAGUAUAAGUUACUUUUUUUUUCAAUUUCUCUUUAUGUUAAUAUUAUUUCUAAAACUAUAGAAUGACAUUAAAUCGUUACCUAUUAUAUUUUUCUUAUAUUGGAACUAGAUUUCGUGGUGUACAAAGACAGCUAACAUAUGACAUUAAAUACAAUGAUGACCCAUCUUCUAUACAAGGAAUAAUUGAAUAUGCACUUAAACAACUAGAACCAAAAAAUCUUCCUAAAUUACACAUAUCUAGCCGUACUGACCAAGGUGUACAUGCAUUCAAAACUUCUGCACAUAUUGACUUGGAAUUUUCAUAUCCUUGCCCUCCAAAUAAGUUAGUUUUUCAAGUUAAUAAUUUUUUGAGAUCUGCAGAAGUUUCAAUCAAAUUAGUUGGUGCUCAAUAUGUUUCAAAUGAUUUUAAUGCAAGAGGGUGUGUUAAGUGGAGAAAAUAUUUGUAUCGAUUAGCAGUGUUAAAACCAGAAUAUAUAAAUUUAUAUUAUGAAAAAUUUGUAUUUCCAACUCCCAUUACUGAAGAAAAAAGAUGUUUUUUUAUCAAUUGUCCAGAUUUCAAUUUAGAUCUUAUGAAUGAUGUAAUCCCAUUAUUUAUUGGCACUAAAGAUUUCAAAACAUUUAUGGCUAAACCAAAACUGUUCAAAAAUACUGAAAUAAGUACAAUACGAACAUGGAACUCUCUUAAUAUUCUGCCAGGGAAAUCGUUUUACGCUUCAGAAUUUGACAAAUAUUAUAAUUACUUGGAUAUAUUUAUUGAUGCAAGGUCAUUUUUAUAUAAACAAGUUAGAAGAACCGUUGGGGUACUUAUAGGAGUUGCUCAAAAAAAGUUAUCAUACAAUGAUGUCUUGUACAUGUUUGACAAUCCAUCAAGCAAAAGUUGGAAUCCUAGAGUAUCAACUGCCCCUAGCCAUGGACUUUAUUUGUAUGAUAUUGGCUAUGAUGAAUUAGAUUUGAAAAUACCUGAUCACUUUUUAAAAGUUGAAUCAGAUUCUUGUGAAAUAUUGAAAGAAGAUACUUUGGACUUGAGAAAAGAAAUUAUUAAAGAACGUAUAAAAAAAAGAAGAGAAGAUUACAAUAAGCGUGUUUCUGUGUCUUUGGAAAUAAUAAAACAAAAUGAGCUUUUUAGAACAAAUAAAAAUUAA